GCUUCACAGUGUGGAACGACAAAGAGAGAAAGCAGCUCUCUGCAAUUCAUAAUUUAUUUAGUUUUAUGGUGGUAUGACGCACGGCACCAUUGCUGAGAAGGAGCGCAGAAUCUGGAACCUGCCGUUUUUUUAAAAUCCCAUUUCUCUGUGAAUGUUUUGUGUGGGAUUUUUCUUUUUAAAUAGAUAAAUUUGCAAGUCAUUUUAACCAAAAACUCGUCAAUCCAAACCCAGGAAACACGGCAGCGUCCCAGGAGCAGCCGGCCCCUCCCGCUCAGGAAUACCUGAGAAGCGCUGCGAUCGGACGCUGUUUACUCCAACUGUCUCCAUUCAAGUUCCAAGAAUAGACGCCACUUGAAAAAAAAAAAAGGGAAAAAAAGGAAAAAGGCCCGUGCUUAUAACGCCCGGCCGGCCGUGAGGGAGGAAGUGACAUGUUCCCUUCCACUCACUACACACACUUGGAGAGAUUAGCGCGCUGGCGGUAAUCUGGUUUCAGGACCACGGACAGAGACUCCGUUUGGCAACGGAUCCGCUCCGAAGUUCCCUGCGGCGCGCUCUGGACCCCCCAAACCCCCCCGCGGGAGACCACCGGGGGCCGGGAAGUUCAUUUGGACCUGAAGAACUCGGGCAAAGGACGGAUAGAACAAUGUUUGCUCGGCUGAAUUUACACAAAGGCGGUUGAAGCAGAUUAAACCUCAGUGGCGCCGACAAACAGAGUCCGGUACACGGGAAGCGGCGGGUUAAGCGGUCCAGUAAAAUCAAGUUUUUUUUUUUGUUUUUUUUUGUGCAUGUGUGAGUGAUAAGGACGGGGCGGAGGGAGUAAAGGGAAAGGCUGUGCGCUCAAUCGGGAGCGUGCAAAUCGCGCACAUAGGUCGGAUCCUGGAGUCGUGAGGAUGGAGAUCCGGCCGGACAGGUUUAAACUCGUGGCAGCCAAGACUCUGGGGAAGAUAUACGGAGCUCUUGAGAAGAAACAAGAAAAUGGCGAGACCAUCGAGCUGUCGGCGGAGGGCCGGCCGGAGCUGGUGGAGGAGAAGGAUCUCCCCGUGGUGGACUGCACGUGCUUCGGCCUGCCCCGGCGAUACAUCAUCGCCAUCCUCUCGGGCUUCGGCUUCUGUAUCUCCUUCGGUAUCCGGUGCAAUUUGGGCGUGGCCAUCGUCAGCAUGGUCAACAGCCACACUGUCUUCAGGGACAACAAGGAGGUCAUAGUGAACGCUCAGUUCGACUGGGAUCCAGAAACAGUGGGAAUGAUCCACGGGUCCUUCUUCUGGGGAUACAUAAUAACCCAAAUCCCAGGAGGGUUCAUCUGUCAAAAGUUUGCAGCAAACAGAGUGUUUGGCUUUGCGAUAGUGGCCACGUCUUUCCUAAACAUGCUCAUCCCCGCUGCAGCACGCACGCACUUUGGAUGUGUUAUCCUUGUCAGAAUAUGUCAAGGGCUUGUGGAGGGCGUUUCAUAUCCAGCCUGUCACGGCAUUUGGGCAAAAUGGGCGCCGCCUCUUGAGAGAAGUCGCCUGGCGACAACCGCCUUCUGUGGUUCUUAUGCUGGGGCUGUGAUCGCCAUGCCAUUAGCUGGGAUCCUGGUCCAGUACUCAGGGUGGUCGUCUGUCUUCUACGUCUACGGAACCUUCGGGAUCCUGUGGUAUUGCUUCUGGUUCCUGGUGUCUUAUGAAAGUCCAGCUGCCCACCCCACCAUCACUCAGGAGGAGAGAACUUACAUCGAGGAGAGCAUCGGGGUGACGGCCCAACACGCAGUCACGAAAUUCAACACGCCGUGGAGGUCCUUCUUCACUUCCAUGCCGGUGUAUGCCAUCAUCGUGGCAAAUUUCUGCAGGAGUUGGACUUUCUACUUGCUCCUCAUCAGCCAGCCUGCGUACUUCGAAGAGGUGUUUGGGUUCGAGAUCAGCAAGGUGGGCAUAGUCUCUGCACUCCCCCACCUCGUCAUGACCAUCAUCGUUCCCAUUGGGGGCCAGAUUGCCGACUAUCUGCGCACCAACCAGAUCAUGACCACCACUAACGUCAGGAAGCUUAUGAACUGUGGAGGGUUUGGGAUGGAGGCGACCCUGCUGCUGGUGGUGGGCUUCUCUCAUACUAAAGUUGUGGCGAUCACAUUCCUUGUGCUGGCCGUGGGUUUCUCCGGCUUUGCCAUUUCAGGUUUCAAUGUCAACCACCUGGACAUUGCACCACGAUAUGCCAGCAUCCUCAUGGGGAUCUCCAACGGCGUGGGCACUCUGUCUGGAAUGGUUUGCCCACUUAUCGUUGGUGCCAUGACAAAGCAUAAGACGCGACAGGAGUGGCAGGGAGUGUUUCUCAUCGCCUCCAUGGUUCAUUACGGAGGUGUUGUAUUCUACGGCCUCUUUGCAUCCGGAGAGAAGCAGUCUUGGGCCGAGCCGGAGGAGCAGAGCGACGAGAAAUGCGGCAUCCUGGAUGAGGACGAGCUGGCGAACGAGACGGAGGAGCUGUAUCGCACGAGUGGCGGCGGAGGCUACGGCGCCAUGAACCAGGGAGCGGAUCCCAACGGAGCCGGAGGCAUGGGUGGAGGAGGAGGAGGAGGAGGAGGAGGCUGGGUCUCCGACUGGGACAAAACCGAGGAGUACGUCCAGCCGGGAACCAAUAAUUACCUUCACGAAGGAGGAGGAGGAGGGAGGGGGUCGAGAGUUGACCUAACACCUCCUGCACAUCAGAGGGGCAGGAACGGCACGUCAGCAGGUUGGAGGGAAGAACCUUGAAUGUGCGGAUUGAAGUAAUCGAAUGAACCAUUGGUUCAGAAAGCCUGACUAUAUCACGAACUGAAUCCAAAGAGACUCCACAGCGGAGGUGGAGACAUUAGUACCUGUAAAAAGUGUGUUUGUGUGUGUGUGCAAUCGUGUGCGUUGUGUGACGGCCGGCCGACGUGAGAGUGCAUUAGGACUCAUCGCCCUCCCUGCAAUCACCCUUGGGGAGGGGGGGGGGGGCGGCCGUGUUUUAGGCCCGCUGUGGCUUUGUUUGGUGUUCAUUCGCUGUAAUAAUAGUAGACAUUUCUAUGUUAUCUGACGGUAUUUCAUUCGGAUGCCUCUCACUUUAAUCACUACAGAUCACUCGGCGCACAUUGGUCACCAGCGCGCUUAAAAAAAGAAAAGCUAAAGUCGCUAAAACUGUCAUAAAAGUUCUUUAUGACUCUCGUCCUUAGUGUGCACACUUUUAAGGAAACGCAUGCUACUUGUGCCAAUACAAGGAAAGGUUUUUCUCUGUAGUAUUGGUUCACCCAUCCGCAAAGACAAAAAAACACCUGCAAAUAUUCCUGCACACAACUUUCUGUGAAGUCGAAAUAGCCCAUGCUGAUAUUUUUAGAUGCAGCACUUUGAUUUCCAUGUGCAAAAAUGUUCAAUGUACCAGGCCUCGAGACCCGUCUGCCUGCUGACAAACUGUGGGGAGUAAAAAAAAGCCUCGUAAAGCACAAGGAGAGAUGUUACUACCCAGAGUAGCUCAAGACACUUUUGUCUUUCCUCCGACGUCAGAACUCUGCUCAACACGAAUUGCUGGCAAUAAAUGAGUCAUUGAUUUUACUUUCUGUUACUGUUGUGUAGGAGUGUAAACAUCAGCAUAUAACCUAAGAGCCCUCCCCCCAUAUCUCCCUAACCCGAGACCGUUGUGUGGGGCCAAUUGUGUAGCUUAUGUUGAGCCGUCGUGUAGAUGUCAAUCAGUCGAUCUCGUUUAAUGGUGGACUUUUGUUUUAUUAUAAAUCGCAGCGAGCUGACGAUACGUUAAAAAGAAGAGAAACCCGGCUGACGAUGGACAACAAUACAAACAAAGAUAUUUCACUGCACAUGAGCAAUUUUAUUUACUUCAGGUUUAGUAGAUGUAGAUGUAGGCAGCACAAAAAUGAAGGUUAAGGACUGAAAAAUUUCCCUGUGUUGGAUCACACAAACCUGAUACUCUUUCAUUGUGCAGUUCACUGAAAAAUUAAAUAGCCUCUUAAAUGUUAGCGUUUUUACUGUUGGUCAUUCUUCAUUUAUUUUAUUGUUAAAUGUUUUGUUCUGGAUUGUUAACUAAAAUUGUAAAACUGUUUGGAUUGUAUAAUUAAACUAGAGGGGAUAAUUCCUGCACAAUAAUUAUA